CCCACUGCACUUCUCUCUCCCUCUCUCUCUCUCUCUCUCUCUCUCUCAUUUUUCAUCUGCAACUGCAACAAUGGAGCCCGUAAAAGAAUGGGGAAACACUCCAUUGGUAACCGUCGAUCCAGAGAUCCACGAUCUCAUCGAGAAAGAAAAGCAUCGACAGAGCCAUGGAAUCGAGCUCAUCGCCUCCGAGAACUUCACAUCCUUCGCAGUCAUCGAAGCUCUCGGAAGCGCACUCACAAACAAGUACUCCGAAGGCAUGCCCGGAAACCGGUACUACGGAGGCAACGAGUUCAUCGACGAGAUCGAAAACCUCUGUCGCAGCCGAGCCCUCAAAGCCUACCGUCUCGAACCCACCAAAUGGGGCGUCAAUGUCCAGCCCUACUCCGGAAGCCCGGCCAACUUCGCUGCCUACACGGCGGUGCUCAACCCCCACGAUCGAAUCAUGGGUCUGGACCUUCCCUCCGGUGGUCACUUGACUCAUGGCUACUAUACUUCUGGUGGGAAAAAGAUCUCGGCGACCUCGAUUUAUUUUGAGAGUUUGCCUUAUAAGGUUGAUCCCAAUACUGGAUAUAUUGAUUAUGAUAGAUUGGAAGAGAAGGCUAUGGAUUUUAGGCCUAAAUUGAUUAUUUGUGGUGGGAGUGCUUACCCUAGGGAUUGGGAUUACAAGAGGUUGAGAUCUGUUGCUGAUAAGGUUGGGGCUUUGUUGCUUUGUGAUAUGGCUCAUAUCAGUGGUCUUGUUGCUGCUCAGGAAGCUGCAGAUCCCUUUGAGUACUGUGAUAUAGUCACAACCACUACCCACAAGAGCCUGAGGGGUCCUAGGGCUGGUAUGAUCUUCUACCGGAAGGGUCCUAAACCAGCCAAGAAAGGCCAGCCAGAAGGCGCAGUUUAUGUCUUUGAAGACAAGAUCAAUUUUUCUGUUUUCCCAGCCCUCCAGGGUGGUCCUCACAAUCACCAGAUUGGUGCUUUGGCUGUUGCUCUGAAACAGGCCAUGUCUCCUGGGUUCAAGGUAUAUGCUAAGCAAGUCAGGGCCAAUGCAGUUGCCCUUGGAAACUACUUGAUGAGCAAAAACUACAAUCUCGUGACGGGAGGGACUGAGAACCACCUUGUUCUAUGGGAUCUUCGCCCUUUAGGAUUGACCGGCAAUAAGGUUGAGAAGCUCUGUGACUUGUGCAACAUAACUGUGAACAAGAAUGCUGUGUUCGGUGACAGCAGUGCCUUGUCUCCUGGAGGGGUACGAAUUGGUACUCCGGCUAUGACUUCCAGAGGGUUGGUUGAGAAGGACUUUGAGCAGAUUGCAGAGUUCCUCCACCGCUCUGUGACAAUCACAUUGAAGAUCCAAAAGGAGCAUGGAAAGCUCUUGAAAGACUUCAACAAGGGUCUGGUGAACAACAAGGACAUUGAGGAACUCAAGGCUGAUGUUGAGAAGUUUGCAGGCUCGUUUGACAUGCCCGGCUUCUUAAUGUCCGAGAUGAAGUACAAGGAUUAGGGUUUCAGGACAUUCAUGAUUGUUAUUGUUGUCAUCACAUAUUUCUGGAAUUUGAAUUCAUAAAUUUUUCUUUUCUUGUAUUUCCGUUCAAAGUGUACUUGGAAGAAAAAUAAUAUGCAACUGUCUUCCCCUUUUGCUUUUUUCACUGUUGUAGUGUAGUUGAUUGGAUUUUGUUCUAUUAAAAGUUGUAGUGGGUGUCAA